AUGGCCGCAGUUCUAGAAGAUAUCGACUUACAACUCCGCGUCCUGGAGCUGUACCACGAUCAGUAUUUCGACGAUCCAAAAUGGAGACACAAUGCUGUUGCAGGCUGUCUCAGUUCACUCCUUGAGUAUUUCGUUACUAUGACAUUGAAUAACUGCGACGCUGCCGUCAGCCAAGGCAACGAAUUCAAGGCGUUCAAAAUGCGGGUGAAAAGGGGCCUUUACCUGAGGAAAGUGGAGGGUUUCCACUGCCAGAUGCAACGAAUCCUAGGAAUGUGCCUGCAGGUGGGCUGA